UUCAUUUCGUAGUCCUGCCUACCCUAAUCACAUAGGUACCCUCCUGCCACACUCUGCCACACCGGCAUUUCCUUCACCAAACAGAGUCCCCCCGCUGCCUUUCCACCCGUCCAGGGACACUGCCGACUCCACGCGCAAAGGGUGGGCGUUCUGACGGGAAUCGAGAGUGGCGGGACGCGAGCGGCGGGAUGGUCCUCCCAUCCUCUCGCCGCCCAUUUAGGGUUAGGGUUCGUGAUCAUCAUUCAAUACCGAGCCCCCAACUACAUACACCCCGCGCACAGGAUUUCGAUCCGCCCCUAUAUCGAUGUCCCGCUUCGAAAGCAAACCCUCCCACUCUCGACAGCUACGGCACUGACUCCUAUCGAUCCGAACAGUCCACGCCACCAACCGCUCCCCCGGACGUCGAUCUAUCCCUACAUCACCGCUGAAAAAGCCUCCUUCCCGUUCCGACCACCUCCUUAACCUCUUAACCAUCUAUUGUCGCUCGCCGGAUCGUGAUACGGCAUACGUCGCUACAUCGC